AUGACCCAUCACUGCAACUAUGCCGAGCGCGUCGGUGCUGGUGCUCCCGUUUAUUUGGCCGCUGUGCUCGAGUAUCUCACUGCUGAGAUCUUGGAGCUGGCUGGAAACGCCGCUCGGGACAACAAGAAGACCCGUAUCAUCCCUCAUCACCUGCAGCUGGUGGUGCGCAAUGACGAAGAGCUGAACAAACUCCUGGGUGGCGUGACCAUCGCUCAGGGUGGUGUGCUGCUGCCCAAGAAAACUGACAAGGCCGCCGAAACCAAGUAA